UUUAAAAAUUAAAAUUAAAAAAUUGAAUGAAAUUUUGUCUCAAAUUCUCAAUUCAAUUGUAUGUAUAAGCUGGAUUGUUUUCGUCGUGAUAUUUAUAUAAAAUAUAAUUACGUUUCUUCCAAGUAGAGUCGGCGUCAAGUAGUUUUAAUGGAAUGGAAGUUUGAAUUUGCUAGCAAAGGACAGGCGGCUAUGGGUAUGUCAAAGGAAAACAUCCUGAUUAGUGAUCAAGUUAAGUUAACCAAAAUCACUGUUGCUAAAAAAAGGAGAUUACGACGCCAAAAGUUAAAAGCUGCAAGAACCCUUACUCAAGUUAAUAAUAGUGAAUGUCAGAACAAAUCCUGUAAAAAUGUUAAUAAUAGUGAAAGUGAAUGUCAGAACAAAUCCUGUAAAAAUAUAGUAAAUACUUUAGAACUUGUAUCAAUAACUAACAGUCCAAAGUGCUUUUACACAGGUUCUAAUAAAGACAAUACAACUAUAGACAAAUCUCUCAAUUUUAUUUGUAGUGCUAAAGUAAAAAUAGAUAGUAAUAUGUCUUCCAAAGGAGAUGGUAAAACAAAAGAAGAAGUAUUAGCAGCAAGACAAGCAAAGAAGCAAGGUAAGAAUAAGCCAAACAAAAAGCUUACAGAUGACAAGAAAAAUACUCCACAAUCAAGUGUAAACUCACCUAGAGCUGAAAGUUUACAAUCUGAAAAUGUUGAUGCUAAGAAUCAACUAAAUCCAGAGAACACUGAAGAAAAUGCUAAAAUUACACCCAAGGCUACAUCUUCUAAUGACAAACUGACAGCUCCACCAAAAGAAGCUUUAAAAGCAAAUCAAAGCAGAGAUGAAGUUGAUAAGGCUGUAAAACUUGAACCUGAACUAACUGCAGAGACUUCUAAAGAACACAUUAAAGCUGAACGAGCAGCUAAAAAAGCUGCAAAACAGGCUAAGAAAAAGAACACAACAGAAGGUGACACACAGAAUAAAGCAGGAAACAGUAAUGUUGAACAAAUUAAAACCGAUGCUAAAGCGGUAGCUAAACCUAAUGCAGAUUCUAAAGCUACACCUAAGAAUGUUGAUAAAACUAAGAAUGUUGAUAAAUCUAAAGAUGUUGGUAAUGCAAAUACUAACAUUAGUGAAGCGGUAUUAGCCGUAGCUGACUCUCCGGUCAGUGCAGCAACUAUCAAGGAAAUGGUAGACACACUAAAAGACAUUGUUGUUGUUGCCAGAGAUGUUCAAGCUGUCACAGAUAAAGUAAAAGCCAUCAAUAUUGGUGCUAAGAAGGAGGAAGACUCUACAAAAAGUAAGGCAGAACUCAAGGCAGAGAGACGUGCAAAGCAGGAAGCACAGCGGGCAGCCAAACAGGCAACACAACAGAAUGCGGCAGAAGUAAAAAAAGAAUCGACCAAAGAGCCUUCAUUACCUAAAGAAGAGAAGUCAACGAAAGCAAAAACAGUUGAUAAAACAAAGCCAAAGCCUCAAGGCAUGCAGAAAAUGAAUUGGUUCCAGCACUUGUACACAGAACACGACAAAGAAGCCCUCAAGCAAAUGCAAAUCAGUUCUAAUUUACACCCAGCUGUGAUAAAAUUAGGCAUACAGCUGGCAUCGCAUGUAGUGACCGGAUCUAACGCAAGGUGCAUAGCACUACUGGACACAUUGAAAAAGAUGGUGCGCGACUACAGUCUGCCGGCUCGCACGGAGUUCGCGCGCGGACUGGAGGCUCAGCUGGCGGCCAGCGAGGAGUUCCUGUGGGGCAUGCGCCCGCCCGCCGCCUCGCAGACCAACGCGCUCAAGUACUUCCGCCACCACCUCACGCAGCUGCCCAAUAACGUCGACGAGUUCGAUGCGAAGAAGCAACUGCAAGAGGAGAUCGACCGGUACAUUGGCGAGCAGAUCGACAAGGCGGGGGAAGCCAUCAGCACAGCUGUGCGAGAGAAGAUAUCUAACGGCGAUAACAUCCUCACUUACGGAUGUUCGUCGUUGAUCGAGCGCAUCUUCAGCGAGGCGCACGCGGCGGGCGUGCAGUUCCGCGCCGUGGUGGUGGGCACGCGCGUGCAGCGAGCGGCGCGCGAGAUGCUGCGCCGGCUGGUGGCGCGCGGCGUGCCCUGCACCUACGCCGACAUCUCCGCGCUCAGCUUCCUCAUGCGCCACAUGUCGAAGGUGCUGGUCGGCGCGGCGUCGCUGCUGGCCAACGGCGCGGUGCUGGCGCCGGUGGGCUCGCUGCAGGCGGCGCUGGUGGCGCGCGCGCACAACGUGCCGCUGCUGGUGGCGUGCGAGACGCACAAGUUCUCCGACAACGUGCAGACCGACGCCUUCGUUUACAACGAGAUUGGCGACCCGGACGACAUAAUAGACAAGUCGGACGAGAACUCCCCGCUGAAGGACUGGCGCUCCAACCCCAACCUGACGCUGUUGAACCUGACGUACGACGUGACCCCGCCCAGCCUCGUCACCGCCGUCGUCACCGAGCAGGCCAUCCUGCCGUGCACCAGUGCACCCGUUGUGUUGCGCUUCAAACUGUCUUAAUACUAUGCUUACUUAGUGGCGUGCAUAAGGCUCAGAAAAUGGCAGGCCUAUCUCCUAAUAGGAUAAGAUUUAAAGAUUAAAACACUACUGUGUCCUCCUGAUCAACUGCAGCGAUAGCCGCCCUUCAUAUUUGCUAACUUGCCAUGUGGAGCAAAAUGCGCCGUGAAUUCUGUAUCUUUGGGUGGCAAAAAAACAAUAUUCUAUAAGCGAAUGAAAAUAACCAACAUCAUUGCCAUAAAUGUGUUUGAAAUCUGCUCUUCAUUGUAAAAAUAAAUUGUAUUGAUUUUUUUCUAAAUUUCAAUGUCUAUGUAUUAUAUUAACAUUAAUAAAAUAAAGAAAGAAAACUAAACUUUUUGUACAUUUUUACCGAAAAUAAUUUAUUGUAUAAUUCAAUAUCUAUUUAAUUUAUAUCUUAUUACUGAAUGAAAUGUUUGAUAACACUUUGCAUUAUAGAGUAGCAAUCUUAUAUAUUGUUUUAAAAAAUAUUUACUCAUAGAAAAUGAAGGUUAUGAACAUUAUGUCUAUAACACUUGACUUGGUAAAUUUAAUUAGCACAUUUACUUGUAAUUUACUGCAAAUGAUAUAGUAAAUAUAUUGCAAAACAUUAAAAAUCUUUGUAAAUAAAAUAUGUUAUUGUUUGUAUGAUUGUAAUAAAUGUUCUAUAAGUUUAUAUUUCAGUUAAUCCUAAUAUAAUACUAUUUAAAUAAAUAAAUCUUUUAUAAGCCACUUGCACUCUUUUUCUUCUACUUGUGAAUUAAAUAUUUUCUUAAGUGAAAGGAUUGAAUUAAAAAAUAAUUUAAAUUA